GCUUGCAAGCGCAACUACGCCGCUCCAACGGGGGAAUGCUACGCGACUCUCUGGGAAUCAGCCACUUCCGCGCUUACCUGUACGGGCAAAAGUUCACCUUGGUAACUGAUCACGAGCCCCUGUUGGCUCUGAAGAAAUCGAAGGAUUACUCGGGCAUGAUCGGGCGAUGGGCAACGGUGCUGCAGAGCAUGGACUUCGACAUUCGUCAUUGGAAGCACGAGAGACACGGGAAUGCGGACGAACUGACACGACUGCACCGGCCUGAGAAAGUUCCGAAGGGUGAGGAGGUGACGUGGACGCAGACCGGCGAGCAUCCUGCGUGGAUCAAAAAUCCGGAGUUGCUGAUCAUCCAAGCUUGGAGGACUAACGUGGAGGGCGAUCUUCUUGGCUUUCUCUUUGGAUCGGUACGGCCAAGGCGCCGCCAGCUAAUUGCACAGGAACUCCUCACGCCGAUCGUGCAGUUGGCGGACAAUCUUUCGCCCGACAUCUAUUCACAGCGUGACAACAUUCCUACUCCGCACGUUUUCGAGCGGUCAUUAGAUCCAUAUCUUCAGUGGACUGCGUGCUUGGAGGAGCCCAGGGACGAAGACACGUUGCCGUCGCGGCAGGAGUAUCUGAAGCCGUACGAUAUCAUCCCUCACGCCUUUUAUCCGAGGGCAGAGGAAGUGGUGAUCGACGACGACGACGAGGAGGACGAAGACGAGGAAACAUUGGAGGAGGGAAGCUAUAGCGAAUAUAGCGAGGGCGAGCUGAGUGAAGGAGAAAAGGAGGAAGAAGAAACCGGAUCUGAGUGGGAAGCCUUGCCGGAGGAAGCGACGCGCAUGGGAACGGAGGCGGAAGAUCCAGAAGCGGCGCGAAAGCGCGAAGAAAUUUUCACCGGGAAGCGCCAGCUAGAGUUCGCCAGCGAAGCCAGCCUGCGCAUUGGCAACGAUCCGACCAGAGAUCCGGAGCCGCCAAAGCCCGAAGAUGGCGACCCUGCAGCCGCCACCUUAAGUACCGCGCAACGGAGACGGAGCUGAUCCCCCUCCUCCCCCAGCCCCACCUGUCCCUCAGUCCGCCCACGUACAGAUGCGGGCGAUAAGCCUUCGUC